ACGUGUCUGUUAGUGAUGUAUUGUUGUACACAAAUCUUGAUAUGUGCACCAUUAUAAUGGUCAAAUCAUCACAUAUGCCAAGAUAUUAAUAUUGUUUGUCUGUAUAAGUGAAGGAUACAAUCUCGUUAGGUUAACUAGAUAGCAGUUUACUAAUUAACACAUGGGUUAGAGGACACUAUCAGCUGUUCCAGGUGUGAGGAGUGAUUUACCUAUAAUAAUUUACAGUUUUUUGUGUGACUGUAAUGACAUAUAAUUGAGCAUCAAACAAUCCAGUGGCAUAAAUUAGAGAUUUAUUUGACGAUUAAUCACUUUAUAUACAAACUUUGUUGAUAAAGGUAUAGAAUGCUGAUAGCCAAAUCUGGAUGUACUUGUAUUGAGAGUCUCAUUUAUUAUUUACACAUUAAUUGAUCUUGGCCUAGCUAGCAUGACAGAUUUCAUAGCUUAAUACUGUAGGAUUAUUUUCCAAUAAUACUGUAAUUCAUUAAUAGUUUUUGAAAGCUGAGGACAUUCUGGAAAAAAUUUAUUGACUUGACUUGAUUAGCCUCCAUUGUGUGUUGAGGUGACAGUCUCUCAUUUCUGUUGAGUCUCUGGAAAGGAAAGCAUUCACAAUGUUUAAUUUGUUUAUGUCAACUAUGUUCCUGAAUACUCUGACUCCCAAGUUCUAUGUAGCAUUAACUGGUACCUCUUCACUGAUAUCAGGAUUAAUCUUGAUAUUUGAAUGGUGGUAUUUCAAGAAAUAUGGAACAUCCUUUAUUGAACAAGUAUCGCUAAAUCACAUAUCUCCAUUGUUGGGUGGCACAGAUGGACAACAGAAUGACAACAAUAAUACAAACACAAACAGUAAUAACACAAACAACACACCACAGAACCAGCAAACACAACAGUCUAUGCCAGAAUGUAAAGUAUGGAGAAAUCCAUUGAAUUUAUUCCGAGGAUCAGAAUAUCAGCGAUAUAAUUGGGCGAGGGGUAAAGAACCAUUAACAUAUUAUGACAUGAAUCUCUCAGCACAAGAUCACCAAACAUUCUUUACAUGUGAAUCAGAUGCUGGUAAACAAGAAUUUGAAAUAAUGCAAAGAGCAUGGAGGGAAAGAAAUCCUCAAUCAAGAAUCAAAGCUGCUAAAGAUGCAUUAGAGAAAAACCCAGAAUGUUGUACAGCUAUAAUAUUGUUAGCAGAAGAAGAUACAAGUUCUAUAGCAGAUGCUGAAAAAAUGUUUAAGCAGGCUUAUAAAACAGCAGAAGUAGCAUACAGAAAAUCACAGCAAACACAACAUCAAAAUUUACAGCACGAAGCAACAUACAGACGCGACACAAAUGUAAUAGUUUAUAUAAAAAGGAGACUUGCCAUGUGUGCUAGAAAAUUAGGGAGAACAAGGGAGGCUAUUAAAAUGAUGAGAGAGUUAAUGAAAGAGUUUCCCACAUUAAAUUUAUUCAACAUACAUGAGAAUCUCAUUGAUGCAUUAUUAGAAGUACAAGCAUAUGCAGAUGUACAGGCAUUAUUAGCUAAAUAUGAUGAUAUCAGUUUACCUAAGUCAGCAGCUAUAUGUUACACAGCAGCAUUACUAAAAGCCAGGGCAGUAGCCGACAAAUUCUCACCAGACACUGCUUCAAAGAGAGGAUUAAGUACAGCAGAAAUGACAGCCGUAGAGGCAAUACACAGAGCUGUGGAAUUUAAUCCACAUUGUCCAAAGUAUUUACUAGAAAUGAAGAGUUUAAUCCUUCCACCAGAACACAUACUUAAGAGAGGUGAUAGUGAGGCUAUAGCAUAUGCAUUCUUCCACUUACCACACUGGAAAAAAGUAGAUGGAGCUCUUAAUCUAUUACACUGUACAUGGGAAGGAACAUUUAGAAUGAUACCAUAUCCCCUAGAGAAAGGACAUUUAUUUUACCCUUAUCCAACAUGUACAGAAAGUGCUGACAGAGAAUUGUUACCAGCUUAUCAUGAGGUGUCAGUGUACCCAAAGAAGGAGUUACCUUUCUUCAUUUUGUUUACUGCUGGUUUGUGUUCCUUCACAGCCCUUCUGGCCCUCCUCACACAUCAGUACCCAGAACCCAUGGGUAUGGUAGCAAAAACAGUAAUAGGAUGGUUAUACAUGCCAAUUAGUUAUGUCUUGGAGAAGCUUGAAGCCAUUUUACCAUCCAAUCUUCUUCAUCAACUGUCUCGUAUAUAGACUAUGGAUCUGUUUUAGAUAUAUAGAAUAUACAGUAUUUACUAAUGUUGAAGGCAUAAGUCAAACAACAGAAGCUACCAAGGAUUACAACUAUUGUCAUUAGAAAUUACAGAAUAAUGGUGGCCAUUUUGAAUUUUUAAUCAUUAUAAUAUUUAAAUUCACUUCAGGGUAAAUGGCAUUAGAUACAGGGUAAAAAACCCAUAUAUAAGGCAGCUUAUACUUUAUGAUUUCAACAGUACAGACUUUUAUUAAGAAUAAAAGGUGAACUUUGAUGAUGCAAAUAUGUUCAUAGGAAAUUGGUUUUUUUUUGCAUACAUGUUUGUGUUUUACAAGUAUUUACAAGGGUAUCUGUAAGCCAACAGUUUUCUAAAGAUUAUAUAUCAUAUGGCAUACAUCAUCCCGUUCUACCAUAGAGAAUCCUGAAUGAAGGCUUCAUUUCAGCAAAACUAUUCUGCCUAACAAUAUAAAAGUACCUGUUCGACUCCAAGUUAUUAACAACAUUGCUAAUGAUUGACUUGACAUCAUCAUAGUAAGCUUCCAAUAUUUUAAGAAGAGAUUUCCUUUUUGACACUCAAAUUAAUACAUUAGGCAGUUUUCCAGCUAACACAUAUUGUAAAUGUCAACAUCUUUGCAUAGUAUGGAUGUUUUAAGCUCAUUUCCUACUCCUACUCACCAAAGCAGCAAUACAAUGCCUUAUGAUAUUUAUACAUAUAUCAGUAUUCAGAAAACCUGACAAUCUUUUAUGAUUUGAUUUCAGGGGUUGAUCCAGUAUUUUUUUAAAGUGGGGCGUACUUCCAGAAAACGAAAUAUAUACUAUAUAUAUUUACAGAGCAAGGUGAAACUGGACGAUUUUAUGCAGAAAAAAUUAUAUGUUUUCCUAUAAAGAAGGGGGCAUAUGCCAUCUACAAUCCCCCUGAAUCUCCCAUUGGAUAGGGGAUCUGAAGAAAAAAAGUUACAACUCGUUCCUUCACAUUCAUGAGAAAGUCGUACAAGUAAAUGGAUUGAAAUUUGCUCCUUGCUACUGGUUUACAGUUCUUAGGUUGACAUUAAAUUUUUGUUUUAUCAAGGAUGGCUGAUUAAUGUUUCAGUCUCAUUUUAGACAGUUUUGAUUGUAAGACAAUACAUAUGAAUCUCAGUAAAUCUUGUUUGGUUUUAGGAAUAUGACAGCUAUGUUAAAAAUUAUUUAUUUUUUCACAUUAUUCAUGUCCUGAAAUUGUUACCUGCGAUUAACAAGUUAUUAGACAAAGGUGGUAUUUUUAAUUUACCUUUGUUUAUGGUUUAUUUAAUAAUUAUAGAUGUCUUUAAUGCUUAAUUAAAUUUUAUUUACAUGGAUUAGUGUCAAGUUAAACUUCACCUCUAGGCAGAAAGAUUAAAAUAUUUCAGAUAAAAUAAUUUAAAUCAUUUUACAAUGUGUCAGUCUGCCUGCAUUAAACUUGGUCAAAUCUUUUUUUUUUUACUUUCAUUAUUGAAUUACUCAUCAGAUUUUGAAUCUUAUUGUUCUUAAGUAAAUAUUUUGAGGAAAACUAAACAAGAGAAUUGAGAAGAAUGGAUUUUACCCUUCCUUUAAUGAAUUUUGGUUGUUGUGGUUAAUUCAGAAAUGUUAAUUUGGAGGUGGGUAUUUCAGUCCAAUUGAUGUCAAGUUGACUUAGUCAAACUUUUAUGAAAGAGAAAAUUGACCUCCAGUUUUUCUUUGAGCAUCCACAUUUGAAAGUGUUUAAUAAUAUUUGUUGAAAAUAUAAUACGCAUGACAGUUGUGAAACUUGUAGUCGAUUCAUUUUUUUUUAAAUAACAAAACACAAAUUUAUUUUUUUAAAGAAUCUUGUGAUUGCUGUUUUAAAAACUUGCCAUUUAGGAGGAAGGUAUGGAAUAUUAUUAAAAAGGUGGUUGAAAAACUUAUACUGAAUUUCCAUUCAGUUUUUUUAAUUUUGCUUUUUGUAGUAUUUAAUGAUAAUUUUUUUUAUUGUUAUAGGUUCUAUUAAGCCACGGUAAUGUCUAUCUUUGUUGAAUUCAAUUUUAAAAUCUUAUGAUACCUAGGUAAUAUGGUAGCUUGUGUUCUUCAGCUUAUGACAGAAUAAAAUACAAGAAAAGACCAGCUAGUAUGAGAUUAUAUAUUUGUUAUAUGUUAAAAAUAAACAUCUUGUCUUCAAUAAAUUGUUAAUGAAUUA